AUGGCUUCUGCACUUCGCCCCGUUCUCAGACCAACCCAUUUACCCAGUUUACCGACCUCGACAACAACGACAACAUAUAUCUGCCAAUCGUGUCGACAUGCCCGUCUUUUGCGGAGGCCUAAGCGUCCGUAUACUUUCACUCAGUUGGUGACGCUUUCCGAUGGAAGUGCUUUCACACUGCGCACUACCUCUCCAGUCCCGGUCUACAGGUCAACACGAGAUACAAGAAAUUCGCCCUUGUGGAAUCCAUCAUCGAAAGAACUGCUGAAUGUCGAAGAUGACGAAGCCGGAAGAUUGGCUGGAUUUCGAGCAAGAUUUGGUACAGGCUUCGACACCGCGAAAGACGGAAAGAAAGAAGUUGACACGGAGAGUAAUAAUGCGUCGAGUGUCCCAGCUUCCUCAACAGCAACGAGGUCCAAAAGCCUCGAGGAACCGAAAUUUGAAGACGAGCAGAACACGUUUGAAGAAGAUGAUAUGAAUCUACUAGAUCUGAUCAGCUCUUUUGGUCAAGAAAAUGCCCAACAGGACAGUCAGACGUCGGAGCCGAAAAAGGGAGGAAAGAAAUAA